UUUCCUUCAGACACAGAGCUGCACUCAGAGUCAACCACGCCCCGUCAGGACAGCCAGGGGAGACUGUGGAACCCAAAUCUCCAAACUCUGGGAUGGAAGGGACGGUGGACUGUUAAGAUGCAUUUUAGUGUGGAUAACAGGUUCACAAGAUGAAGUUCGGAAAGAGCAUCUGCGUACUCAACGUAGGGGGAACCCGGUACGCCUUCACCCGUGAGGUGAUAAGGGAUUUCCCUCUCCGGCGCGUCAGCCGUCUGCAUGCAUGCGCAACCGAGAAAGAGGUUCUUGAACUGUGCGAUGAUUACGACCGGGACCAAAACGAGUUUUUCUUUGAUCGCCACGCACAGGCUUUCAUGUUCAUCAUGUUGUACUUGCGCUCGGGUAAACUCCGCUUUGUCCCCGGAGUGUGUGAGCUGUCUUUUUACACAGAGAUGCUAUACUGGGGACUGGAAAGCGUGCAUUUGGAUUCCUGCUGCCAGAAACGUCUGGACGACAGGAUGUCCGAGAUCGGACUUGACAAUCUGUCCGAAGUGGAGAUCGGAGUUUCGGGGGAUGAGUCCCAGAGCUCGGGCGAACAGGUGCAAGCGACUGCGCUCACCGGUCGCGCCAAAUGGCUCGAGAAGAUGCGCAAGACAUUCGAGGAGCCCAACUCUUCAAUUUUGGCGCAGCUUUUGGCCUCAGUGUCUGUGAUCUUUGUACUAGUUUCUAUGAUAAUGCUGUGUGCCAGCACCCUGCCGGACUGGGAUACUGCCAAGAGAAACAUUGUGGAGGAACACAGGACGGUGGAGGCAGUGUGUAUUGGCUGGUUUACAGCAGAGUGCACAAUGCGCUUUCUGGUGGCCAGAAGCAAGUGUGAAUUCCUCCGCCAGCCGCUGAACAUCAUCGAUGUGAUUGCAAUCACCCCCUACUAUGUCACCAUGGCUCUGGCCCAGGCCGGGUUGCCUGGUGCUGGGCUUGGAGUUGCUGGGGUGGUACUGCGAGUGCUGAGGAUGAUGAGAGUGUUCUGGCUCAUGAAGCUGGCCAGACACUUCCUGGGCCUGCAGACUCUGGGGCUAACGCUCACACGCUGCUACCGGGAGAUGGUUAUGCUGAUGGUGUUUGUCUUUGUCGCCAUGGCAAUAUACAGUGCUCUGGCCCAGCUGCUGGAGCACGGGUUGGAUUUAGGAAUGCAGAACCCAGAUUUUGCCAGCAUCCCAGCAUCUGCUUGGUGGGUCAUCAUUUCAAUGACGACUGUCGGCUACGGGGAUGUGUACCCUGUGACAGUUGGAGGACGGGUGCUUGGGGGAAUGUGUGUCGUGAGCGGCAUUGUUCUCUUGGCACUGCCGAUCACAUUCAUCUACCACAGUUUUGUACAGUGCUACCAAGAACUCAAACUGCGCUCUGCUAGAUACGCACGUAGCUUGUCAGUGGAUUUACUGCAAUGAGCAUGCAUUUAACCCAAAACACAUGUGGCCCUACCUACAUCCGAAGAAAACUCAACAAACCCUAACUGAUGUUCCUUUUGUGCAACUACAUUAACUUUUCAUACGUGAAAACAAGUCUGUAUCCACUGAUUUGAAUCUGCUAUAACAUUCAGGAAUUCUUCUUUAACAUACAUACACAACCAAGUUCCAUGAAAAUCAUACCAGUUGGUUUUCCGUAAACCUACUGACAAACCAACAAAACCAAAAUUAUAACCUCAUUGCUGAAGAUGAUAAUAAUGAUCAACUUUGUGCCCUGUCCUGUUUCCUGCCUGAGCUGCACCUGAUUUUAUUUGGCCUGUCUAGCUCCUGCCUGUUGUAUUGAUGAUCUCAAAUCAUCAUCUUCAACCAGCAUGCUCUGCGCUGUCUCCUUAACAACACAACUUGGGCAGAGGAAUAGGAAGAGAAAUCAUUAUUUAUUAAAUACACACAGGCACAGUCAAUCCAGUUUUGACAGCGGCUGCUGUUUACACUGUAUUCCCAUGGUUACAAAAUUGGCAGAUACGGCAGCGUUUCCUAAAUGUUGCAUCCAGUGCUGUGUGUGUUUGCGCGUUUGUCUGGGCAUCAGCUUUUCACUUUGUCAAAGCUUUGUGCCCAGAUGGUACAAGUUACACAAGGCUGACCUAGAUGCAUUGUGAAAUAUAGACAAGGAGUGAACAGGUGAAUGUGAAGUGGGGAGGAAGAAGGGGUGCACAGAGGGCUAGUAGGAGGGGUCUCAGACAUGGGAUAAUGAAAUAUGGAGACAGGUCAGCAAGAACUACAAGGUGGCAGUCAAAUAAAAGGGCGACAGAUUUCACAGCGCAGAUGGAGUGUGAACUGGAGGAUAAAAGAUUCUGGGACAAAAAUGACAGAAUGUGUAGCAACCCUGAGCACAAAGACUGAAAAGACAGAGAGUGUUUUGCUUCUCAAUUUGUGACUGAAUGUAAGUCAUUUUGUAUUUCUGUGUCUCCAAGGCAACCUCCAUCCUGCAACAUGUCAAUCAUAAUGGUGGUUGGUUUUUGUGUGCACACAAAUAUAAGCCCACAUCCACGCACACAAUCCCUGGCGUAGUAUUUUUUUAAAUUUCGAUUAAUGGCAAAAGGAUAUCAAAGUCAUGAUUUCUUUGUGAUAAAAAAGAAUAUUAGUCGAUGCUUUGCCAAGAUUGAUUUGUUAAAGCGACACAUGAUCCAAGUAAACAAGUCAACACCUCUCCCACACAACAGCCUUUCUCUGCAUCUCCUCUCCUUUUGCCAUCAACGUCUUCUUUGUACAUACAUGCACAUACACACAUGCGCACCCGUACAUAAGUGCACAUCAAGCUCAUGCUCUUAUGGCGCAAAUUGUACAAUUAAUGUUUCUGUUAAUUAUCUGUUGGUCCUUAAAUUUAAACUCUCCAUUUGUUGUUUCCUUGUAAACGUUGCCGCCUUGUAUGAGUUUAGUAUGUGUUUUGGACAGUACACAUCUCACUAUCAUCUUUGUUGUUGUUGUUGUGUUAUCAAUGUACAUUUAUUCCCAAAAAACAUUAUCAAUGUUUUACCAUAUUGCCUACAAAACUUUCCAGCCAACGUGACAUAGCUUACUGCACAGCGAAUAUUAGCCAGGCUUGAUUAAAACCAUCAAUACAUUUUUUCAUCAGUAGACUAUAACUUGAAAUGAUGUGAUUAAUAUAUGAGCUUUUGUAAUAAAUAAAGAA